CGGCCCGGAACCAAAGGGCGGCGGAGCGAGUUCGCAGCCGGAGCGGGACGGAAGGGGACGGCCCACCGGAAGUGCCCGGCGGAGGGUUCUUCUGCUGGAUGUGCCAGCCGGCUGGGGGCCGAGGCCGAGGGAGCCGCUGAGGUGCGGGCUCGGCGGGAUGGUCCGGAGCCGCUCCAGGUCCCCCCCGCGGAGGGAACGUAGGCGCUCUCGUUCUGCAUCCCGGGAGAGGGAGAGGAGGCGACGGGAGCGUUCGAGGUCCCGGGAGAGGGAUAGGAGGAGGAGUCGUUCCCGUUCCCCGCACAGGAGGCGAUCCAGGUCCCCGAGACGGCACAGAUCCAGCUCUUCUUCCCCGUCCCGGCAGAAGGAAAGGCGAGAUGAUGAAAAGAAAGAAAACAAAGACACCAAAAGCAAAGAGCAUCAGAUCACCGAAGAAGAUAUGGAAGGCAAAACAGAGGAGGAAAUUGAGAUGAUGAAAACGAUGGGAUUUGCAUCCUUUGACACAACAAAAGGGAAGAAAGUGGAUGGCUCUGUAAAUGCCUACGCUAUAAACGUGUCACAGAAGAGAAAGUACAGGCAGUACAUGAACAGAAAAGGCGGAUUCAACAGACCGUUGGAUUUUAUUGCCUGAUGUCUAGUCUUGUUACCUGUGAAGAAUGACCUCUGGAGCAUGAAUGGUUAACAUUUUACUGUCUCGCUAUGACUUGUGUGUGCUGGGAUCUCAGAGACAGGAACUCGGCUUCUCACCGUAAAAUGAAAUCAGCUUAUUUAUGAGAGUCCAGAAACACUUGCUUUGCCUCCUAGGAAGAGAGGGUAAAAAUGAUGCUUUCUAGAAACAUUGGAUUUGAAUGUGUUCAGGCCUGUUUUGUUCCCUGUCAGGACUUUCCUGUUAGAUGUAUUAUUUUUCAUUUCUUCUAUGAGUUUUUUUUAAAUAACUAAAUAUUGUCAGUUACAAUAAAAAACGGUAUAUAUCUACUCCCACCCCAUAAUUAAAAUAUGAUGGUGUUGCUCAGGAAUAAAGCACCGGAGUGGAGGCUGUUGGA